AUGCCAACGCCAAGAAUCGCCAUCGUUGGCGCCGGCCCAGCAGGCUGCAUGCUGGCUCGCCUCCUCCAUCUCUCUGAUAUUGACGCCGUAGUGUUCGAGGGCGAGCAGUCGCCAGAUUAUCGCUCGCAGGGCGGAACGCUUGACCUCCACACCGAAACAGGCCUUGCCGCGAUGCAAGAUGCCGGGCUUUUCGACAAGUUUUUGGAAAAGGCAAGAUACGACGGCGAGUAUCUCCUCAGAUCCAACCUCCAUCUGAAGCCCUUGAUGGUCAAGGGUACAUCAAAUCCCGGAGAGUCAAGAUUUGGAGGACAGAGGCCAGAGAUUGACCGAGCCGAACUGCGGCGCAUCUUGACCGAGAGCCUGCCAGAGGGCAUGAUUCAGUGGGGCCAUCAUCUCAAAGCAGUUUCUGAAGAUGGCACUCUCACCUUCGACCAUACUGUGCGCUCAGGAUUUGACCUCGUGAUCGGUGCCGAAGGAGCUUGGAGCAAAGUGCGCAAGGUCCUUUCCCAGCAGGAACCAAUCUUCGUGGGGAUAGGCGCACAUUCGCUCCGGGUACCGGAUGCAGCAAAUACGGCACCUGAGCUCUACAAACUUGUCAACCGGGGGAGUGUCUUCGCUCACGACAAAGGUCAGAUGCUGGCCGUUCAGAUGAUGGGGGACGAUUCGAUCAAUGUCUAUGCCAAUUUCAGAACAGACGACCCAAAUUGGUUCAAAAACUGCGGAUAUGAUCCGUCCAACCUGGAUGAGGUCAAGACACACAUGCUGAGUUCCGAUUCGAUCUGGGCUGAUUGGCAUCCAACCCUCAAACAGGCCAUAUCUUUGGCUGAAGGUCCCUGCAGUGCGAGGAGUCUAUACAUGCUUCCUGUGGGCUUCAAGUGGCCACACAAGCGAGGUCUCACAGUCUUGGGCGACGCGGCCCAUCUGAUGUUGCCCUUUGCCGGUGAGGGCGUCAAUAUCGCCCUAGACGACGCGAGGAAACUGGCAAGCGCAAUCAUCAAGGCCGUCAACCAUACGCCCAAUGGAGACAUAUCGGCGUCAAUUGACCGUGAAAUCGCAGAAUACGAAAAGGAGAUGUGGCCCAGGACUGAAAGAGUGGCCAAAUUGACAGAUGGAGUCACUCAGUUAAACUUCUUCACCAACGCUCCCCCGGAGUCUGUCAUUGCAGCAUCAACCGCGAUGCAUGUUCGCUUCCACACGCCGUGGGUGCUGCAUCCUCUGGCCACGGCGAUGGUCUAUACUUACUACUUCUUCAAACUGCGCUUUUAA